AUGCUUCGUCCCGUCCUAUCCCUCUUCACCCGCGGUUUCCCCUCCAUCCCCGCACCGUUGCGAUCAUACCACAGAUCCGCGAAGAUGGCACUUAAGGCAAUAAACUCCAAGGAUGCUGCCUCGCUAGACCAGGACCUCAUGGAGGCCGGCGGCUUCUCGCUUGAUCAAUUGAUGGAAUUGGCUGGACUCUCGGUGUCGCAGGCUGUUUACCGCGUCCACCCUCCAAGUGCUGGGAAGAACCUCCUUGUCAUCUGCGGACCGGGCAAUAACGGAGGUGACGGCCUCGUCGCAGCCCGACACCUCGCUCACUAUGGCUACAAGCCGACGGUCUACUAUCCCAAAGAGGGUAAAAAGGAGCUCUACGCGCGUCUGAAAACCCAACUCUCCGCCCUAUCAGUCCCCGUCAUCUCGAACCCGUCGGACUUCCAAUCCGCAAUUCCCAACACAUCCCUCAUCAUCGAUGCAAUUUUCGGCUUCUCUUUCGGCGGACCCCUACGGGAUUCCCUUUCCCGAGAUAAUCUCCGCAAUCGAGAACUCCUCCAUACCCGUGUUAGCCGUUGA